AUGCUCGUCCUUGCAUUCCAGUUUCCACUGCAGCCCUCUCUCCCUUCUCGACCAUCACAUCGUCUCAGCAAAUCCACCUUCUCGGAGGGUCACGCCAUGAUGCUGCAACCGCUCGCAAGAUCAGCGCUGCUCGGCGCAAACAUCUCAAAACGAACGCUUGCAACUGCCGUCAAAAAUCCCAACUUUGUCAAGAUUGUCGAAGUCUCACCUCGAGACGGUUUGCAGAACGAAAAGAUCAUCGUCCCUACCGCGACCAAGAUCGAGCUCAUUCGUCGUCUUACCGAGACCGGUGUCCCCGUGAUCGAAGCUGGAUCCUUUGUUUCGCCCAAAUGGGUUCCUCAGAUGGGCGACACGCCGCAAGUGGUAGCUGGCAUGCCCAUCCACCCAUCGAUAUCCUACCCUGUCUUGGUGCCCAACAUGCGCGGACUCGAAGGUCUGCAAAAGCUCCUCUCCAAAUACAAAGACGGAAGCAAAGGUACACCGCCUACAGACGAGAUCGCCAUCUUCACCGCCGCCUCCGAAUCCUUUUGCAAGGCCAACACCAACUGCACGAUCGCUGAAUCGCUCGACCGACUGUCCGAAGUCACUUCGCGCGCCAUCGCUUCAGGCCUCAAGGUACGAGGCUACAUCAGCGUAGUCGCUGGAUGCCCCUACGAAGGCAAAGUCGACCCAGAAGCCGUUGGUCGAGUCUCGAAAGCACUCUUGGACAUGGGCUGUUAUGAAAUCUCCCUGGGCGAUACCAUCGGUGCUGGGACUCCCUCCGUCAUGGAGCAUGCACUCAAUUCGAGUCUGAAACACACCAAUGUUUCGCCGGAAUACUUCGCAGCUCACUGUCAUGACACGAUGAACACAGGGCUGGCAAAUGUACUCCACAUGGUCAAAUUGGGUGUCAGAACAGUUGACUCGGCAGUGGGAGGUCUGGGUGGAUGUCCGUAUUCGCCGGGAGCCACGGGAAACAUCGAUACAGAAAGCGUCGUGUUUGCAUUGCAUGGUGAGGGGUAUGAGACGGGCACAGAUCUUGACAAGCUCGUAGAUCUGGGUGAUUGGAUCAACAAAGAGAUUGGGAGAAACAACGCAAGCAAUGCGGGUCGGGCGAUUCUAGCCCAGAGAAAGAUCAGGGCUGAGAGAGCUGCUAAGCAGGCUGCUCAAGGGGCGAAGCUGUGA